AUGUCUGCCGAACCGCAAGACGCGGUCGCAGAGGCCCUCAAGACCGACAUCGAAGGCCUCAAGAAGAGAGUUGCCUCCUUGAAGAAAGACCUCAAAAUUCAAGCCACAGCAUUGUUAUCCUCCGAGUCGACCCGCAAAGCCCUCGAAGAGAAGGAUAACAACCGCCACACCAUCGCGCUUCCCACCCAGCCGAAUCCCACUCGCGACAAGGUCGCUUGGCGAUCAAAAGCCCAAGCCGCGCACGAUCAGCAAUGCCUCUACCGAACCUGUGCGACGAUUACGACAUUCAAGAUCCAAGACCCCGAUCCGAAUGCCGUCGACCGUGGCAAUGUGUUGGGAAUCCGGAUCGAACUCAUGAGCAAUGGGGCCUUCAAGCGACCGUUCUACGUCAUGCUCAAUCGGCCAUACAAAGGCUCGCGACACCUCCGAGUUCACCGCCACACCGUGCCUGCCGCUAUUCCGCUUGCCGCUCUCGCCGCGCGGUAUUUGGCUCCUCCGAAAGCACCGGACGCCGAGAACCAAACGACGCAGGACCUGUCCCGUUUCGUCCGGAUGCUGAGAAGAGAAAUCAUUAGGUAUCACAACCGGGUCGAAGUCAUCCGCGACUUGCAGAAGGCGGCCGUCGCUUCGCGCGGAGAUCGUCCGGAGGAUGCCAUUGUCAGCAUUGGCGCCGCAAACACCGAAGCGACGCAGAUCAGCCUGGAGUGGGCGGACUCGAAAGCGGGCAGAUUGGUUAUGAGUGAAGAUGGCCAGAUCCAGAAGAUUAUCGUUCUCAACGGCGAGGGCCGCGAUAGGGAAUUUUCGAGGGAGCUCAUCGGCGAUAGCCGACGCGUCGAGGAUGUUUUGAAGCGUCUCCCGAGUAUACGAGGCUGA